AUGCCUGGUAGCAAUAGUAGUGGAAGUACUACAAGUAAUGCGACAAAAUCAUCUGGUCGCAGAAAGAGAAGGUAUCCAUCGUCGGAAUCCCGAAAAGUGGAAUACGAGUUAAGUAAAGAUGGGGAAUUAGUGCCGGUUUCAAGUGGAUCAAACUCAGGGGAUGAUUCAAAGAUGCUUCAAGAUCAUCAGAUGGAUCAAAGUAAAGAUAAUAAAAUGGCCACGGAUGCUUCCACUGCAUCUUCCUCUCGAAACAAACGCAAGCAGACAUUUGAACGAAGGAACAUCAAACGCGUUCGAGAUGAUAGUGCUCUUAGUGAGGAAGCUCAAAAUGCACAAAAGGCGGAAAUGGAGCGUCGAAUGCGUCUUAAAAUUGAAGAACGGACAGUGGCUGCGCAAUGGAAAACACAGAAUGUUUCAUGUAAUCAACCCACUUUCUUUCCCAAUUCUGAUGGUAUCCCAUCACAGCCAAAAUCAGAAGACGAUCUAAAAUCUGAGUACUCGGAGGUAAAGUCGUCUGAUGUCAAACCACCGCCACCAUCUGCAAGUACCACAGCUUCGGCGAAGUUAUUCAAGCAGAAACAGAGCUUGGAUGCCAUUCAGGCAGAUGAUACUGUUAUCGUAAUCGGUGAAUCUGAUGAGGAGAUUGAUUUUAAUGUCAAUGGACCUGAUUUGAAGUUGGGCGUAAGUUGA